AUGACCAUGGCAGAGAAGCGCCCAUAUCCCGACGGCCAGGGCCCGAACGGGGACGCUAAGCGCGCAAAAGGUUCUGAUGCUGUCGAAGCCGCAAAGGCAAAGGCCAAGGCAAAGGCCGCUGAGAUCGCAGCCCGUUUCGCAAAGCCGCCUGCCGCUGCGGCUCCUCCAUCGGCGUCGGCUGGCUCCAGCGAAUCCGUUCAGGAUAAACUAGCCGCUAUGAAGGCGAGGAUGGAAGCGCUCAAGGCAGGCUCAGGAAUUGCCAAAGCCCCGACAUCCGACUCUACCGGCCCUCGAUUUGCGACAACACUGGGCAAUCGCCGCUCCGAGACGCCCAAAGCCGAUCCGAAGGCCAAGCCGACCGCUUCCAAGCAGAAGCAGCAACAGGAGGAGGAGCUAGAGAACCCGUACUUUGACCCCAAGGCUGCUGCCCUUGCCAAGAAGAGAGGUCCCCGUGUUCUAGCCUUCAAUGAGCACGGAAAGUACCUUGACCAGGCUUCCAAGCUGCGCGCGCAACGUCGCCUAGAAGAGAUUAAGAAGACACUCGCGAUCCAAGCCCGCCGUGCUGGUCUGGACGAGAACAGCGAGCGCGGCUUCCUCAUUCAAGCUCCUCCGGACAUAGAAUGGUGGGACGAGGGCAUUCUGGCCGAGCCUACCUAUGACUGCAUGGACGAUCCAGCCAAGGUCAAAGUUGAGACCGACGAUUCCAUUAUCACUCUCUAUGUCCAGCAUCCCCCUCUGCUCAAAGCGCCUCAGGACCAGCGUUUAGUCCAAGUGAAGCCUAUGUAUCUCACCACAAAGGAGACACAGAAGCUAAGAAGAAUGCGCCGUGCAGCCGACCUCAAGGAGCACCAAGCGAAGAUUCGUCUCGGUUUGGAGCCACCUCCACCACCCAAGGUCAAGCGCGGAAACAUGAUGCGUGUCAUGGGCGAACAAGCCAUUGCAGAUCCUACUGCAGUCGAAAUGCUCGUCGAAUCACAGAUCCAGCAGCGUCACGAUGACCACAUCACUGCAAAUGAAGACCGGAAGUUGACCAAAGAAGAGCGGCAGGCCAAGCUUGCUGCCAACCAAGAGAAGGACGCGCAAAAAGGCCUUUACAUGUGCGUUUUCAAGAUCAACACACUCGCUUACGGAAAGCAUCGCUUCCAGAUUGACAACAACGCGAAAGAAUAUGCACUCACUGGUAUCACCCUGUUCAAUCCCGAUCUCAACCUGGUGGUCGUCGAAGGCGGCGCAUAUGCAAUCAAUAAGUACAAGAAGCUUAUGCUCCAACGCAUCAAGUGGCAUGAGAAUGGGCCACCUACGGAGAAUCAAGCCGAGAAGCAAGCACAUGAUCCAAAGUGGCUGAGGCCCGUCACCGAUACUGGCGACGUAAAGGACCAUUCAUCCAACAAGUGCAUUCUUAUCUUCGAGGGUGAGAUCAAAGAGCGCUCCUUCCGGAAGUGGGGCUCAAGAGUCUGCGAGACCGCUGGAGAGGCUCGGGAGACCCUUGGGAGGGCCAAACUUGACAGCUUGUGGGCGCUUGCCAAGAGCAUGGAGUAA